CACCGACGCGGGACCUUUAAAUUGGCCGCCACUGCCCGCCUGGCCCAGCGACCUGAGCACCAUGCCACGCCCGCUGCCCCGACGCCUGCUGCUGCUCUGGCCGCUGCUGCUGCCGCUGCUGCCACCGCCCGCCUCCCCAGGGCCCCUGGCCGGCCCAGCCGUCGCGAGGCUGGGGACCCGCAGACCCGCCGGCAGCCCUGGGGGCCGCGGUUCAGGUGUUUGCAAGAGCAGGCCCUUGGACUUGGUAUUCAUCAUCGAUAGUUCUCGUAGUGUCCGGCCCCUGGAAUUUACCAAAGUGAAAACCUUUGUCUCCCGGAUCAUUGAUACUCUGGACAUUGGGGCGGCUGCCACGCGGGUGGCAGUGGUGAACUAUGCUAGCACAGUGAAGAUUGAGUUCCAGCUCCAGACCUACUCAGAUAAGCAGGCCCUGAAAAAGGCCGUAGCACGCAUCACACCCUUGUCAACCGGCACUAUGUCGGGACUGGCCAUCCAGACAGCAAUGGAUGAAGCCUUCACGGUGGAGGCGGGGGCCCGGGGACCCACAUCCAACAUCCCAAAGGUGGCCAUCAUCGUGACAGAUGGGAGGCCCCAGGACCAGGUGAGCGAGGUGGCAGCUCAGGCCCGGGCCUCAGGCAUAGAGCUGUAUGCUGUGGGCGUGGACCGGGCGGACAUGGAGUCCCUGAAGACGAUGGCCAGUGAGCCUCUGGAUGAGCACGUGUUCUAUGUGGAGACCUAUGGUGUCAUUGAGAAGCUUUCCUCCAGGUUCCAGGAAACCUUUUGUGCUCUGGACCCUUGUGUGCUGGGCACACACCAAUGCCAGCAUGUGUGCAUCAGCGACGGGGACGGCCGGCACCACUGUGAGUGCAGCCAGGGCUACGCCUUGAACGUCGACCGGAAGACGUGCUCAGCUAUUGACAAGUGUGCUCUUAACACUCACGGAUGUGAACACAUUUGUGUGAAUGACAGAACCGGCUCUUACCACUGUGAGUGCCAUGAAGGUUACACCUUGAAUGAAGACAGAAAAACAUGCUCAGCUAAAGACAAAUGUACUUCUGGUACCCAUGGCUGUCAGCACAUCUGUGUGAAUGACAGAUCUGGUUCUCAUCACUGUGAAUGCUUUGAGGGGUACACUCUGAAUGCAGAUAAGAAAACAUGUUCAGUCCAUAACAAGUGUGCUCUGGGCACUCACGGCUGCCAGCACGUUUGUGUGAGCGAUGGGGAGGUGUCCUACCACUGUGACUGUUUCCCUGGCUACAACCUGAAUGAAGACAAGAAGACAUGUACAGCUGUUGAAGAGGUCCGGAGACUCCUUUCCACUGAAGACGCUUGUGGGUGUGAGGCCACCCUGGCCUUCCAGGAGAAGGUCAGUUCCUAUCUCCAGAGACUGAACACCAAACUAGAUGACAUUUUGGAGAAGUUGCAAGUACAUGAAUAUAGACAAGUACAUAGUUAAGUUGCUUAAAAUUUUCACCUGGAAAUGUGGAGAGCUCAGUGUAACGUUCAUUCUUUUGCACGCUUGUAUCUCCAAUGUUUCUGCUAAUAAUUUGCCAUUGUAAAUGCUUGAAUAUUACUGGAUAAACAGUAUGAGGAUUUUCUGGAGAACCAGUAUUAUUUUUCCAAGGAAAUAAAGGUGCAGAUCCUUAAAAGCAAACUUUAGUGUCUUUAAGCUAUAACUGUGAAAUGGUUUGUAGGAAGUAGAAUGUAAAGUUUAAUGUUUGUUGCUGGGCAUGGUGGCACAUGCCUGUAAUCCCAGAACUUAGGAGGCUGAGGCAGGAUGAUUGCUAAGUUCUAGUGAGCUUGAAUAUGUAGUCAGUUCAAGGCCAACCUGAACUACAAAGCAAGACUGUCUCAAAAAACCAAAGCAAAAAUAAAUGUUUCUUUCAUUAUCUACUAAUUGAGCCAUUUAACUUUAAAUACUUAUAUUCAUAAGAUAAUGAUAUUCACAUUGGAAAUUUUGGAUCUACUUUCUUGAUAGUAUUUAUAAGCCAGUUUUAUUACUGACUGAAAAUUAUACAAAGUAUUUACAUUUAAAAAGUUCAUAUAAUUAAAUGGAGAGGAAAAUAGAACUGCAACACUUCAUUUUUUACUUAUCUUCACUGGUUAUUGAAGCUGUGAUCAAAAGAUUGUGAUACACAUAUCUAACAACAGUUAUCACAGAUUCAGAGAACAUCAUAUGCCAUCUUAAACUCAUUCUGGACUUAGAAACCCACAGAUGCACUACUUGUGAAUUUAAAGUGUUAAACUUCUACCAAGGACAAAAAAGCCUAAGUUUACUUUAUCUUUUGAUUUAGGAUCUAGUCAGUAAAAUUACAUAUUUAUAAAAUUGGUAGAACAAGAAAUAAAAUUGAGUAUUGUCUUUCUUAAUGAUAGUAAUAGGCCUAAUUUUUCAUAUAUUUUGAUACAUAUAUUUUUUCUUAGUUCUACAGCUUAUAAACUUUUGGAACAGAACAGUCCUUUAAAUUGUGUACUACUCAGUUCUUUUUUGGUA